CAGCGGCGCACUGCGUAGUAGACGAGUAGUAACGCUACGCAGCAGGGAGAUCGCGCGCUCUUGCACCGAACUCUUCAAGGAUGGCAAACCUGGAGUUGUCCCCGUCUCCUUUCACGGUGAAAGGGGGGCGCCUUCCCGCAGUUAAAGCUGGAGGCAUGAGAGUUUCUAAGAAGCCAGAAAAUGCAUCAGAUGAAAGAAGUUCUAAAUUCCAUGGAAAAGAGAAGCCCAGCUCUGCUCCAGUCAUAAAAGUACAGAGCAUAAAUAUCUUACUGACAGACACCUUUCAGAAAUUGAGGUAUACAUUUCCAGCCGCCGCAGCACAAGGAGCAUAUGAGAAGCCGCGACCUACUGUGGAAAAAAUUGUAUUGCCCAAACGAAUGUGCAUUAUUCAGCAGCCACGGAAAUGUUAAACAUGUAGAAUAAAAUAUUCAUAUAUUUGACAGACUUGCACUUAACAAAGACACCAGUUAACUAGGCAAGCAGUAAAUACACCAAAUCACUCAGGCAUUUUGUGUUUUUUUUCUUUCACAAUAAAAACUGUGUAUAUUCCA